UGUGUGAGUGUGUGUAUGUGUGUGUUUUAGCGUGUCACCAAGUGUGUGUGUGAGAGAGAAAGAGAGUGUGUGUGUAAAAGUCUAAGAGACGAGCAGAGGAAUUGCUGCUGUUCUCUGCGGCUUUUUCGAAUCACAUUGCGACAGAGGAGCCGGAGAACCAUGCGCCACUUCCCCAUCAUCCUCACCGCCGUGUGUCUGGGAGUUUUGUUGAGUAAAACCCCUGGCUUGAGAGCUGAGACACUGCACAAUGAUUUCCUGCAGGAUAUUCUAUCGGUUUACGGUCAGAACCGGUUAUUAGAUAUUAACGGGAUUAAAAGUUUAUUGGAAACCGUUUCUCAGGGAAGACCGUCGGCGCUGGACACACUCACUGCGCAUGCGCAGUGCGGAUCUGCGGAGGACAUUCUUGCUGGUUAUGGUCUCGGCAACCUGACGCACCUGGACAAGGGGCACUUGAAGACCAUCUGCCCCGCCCUAAUAAACCGAGCACUGCUGCCUCCCUGUCCUCUUUCAGCUUCUGAGACUAGAAUACACAUAGAGAACCAUGUAUGGGGGUAUGGUUUCCUGGCAGUUACCAUCAUUAACCUGGCCGCCCUCCUGGGUCUCAUCCUCAUCCCCUUCACCAAGAAACCGUAUUUCCCUAAAGUGCUCACGUAUUUCAUCGGGCUGGCCAUCGGGACGCUGUUCUCCAACGCUGUGCUGCAGCUCAUACCUGAGGCUCUGGGGUUUGAUCCGAAAUCAGAUAACUAUAUCCUCAAAGCUGUUGGGAUCUUUGGUGGAUUUUAUCUGCUCUUCUUCACCGAGAAGGUCCUCAAGAUGCUCCUAAAGACUGACCACGAGCAAGGCCAUAGUCACUUCAGUCCUCCCGAGGUUCCUCAGCAGAACGGAGGAGUCGUCCUAGCAGUCACCAGCUUCAGCAUCUCAAACAGCGACAAGAGCAGCAUAGCUUCAGAUGCUACAGUGGAGCAGACACUGCCAUCUCGGGGUUGUUGUGCACGGCUGGCAAACGUGAAAACGCUGGCAUGGAUGAUCACGCUUAGCGACGCCCUUCACAACUUCAUUGACGGCCUGGCCAUCGGAGCGUCCUUCUCCGUCUCCAUACUCACUGGCUUUAGCACCUCCAUCGCCAUUGUGUGCGAGGAGUUCCCUCAUGAACUUGGUGAUUUCGUGAUUCUGAUCAACUCGGGGAUGAGUAUCAGACAGGCCGUGCUGUUUAACAUGCUCUCAGCCAUGUCGUGUUACGUGGGCUUGGUGUUGGGGGUCCUGGUGGGCAGCACAUUCGCCCCAAAUGUCAUAUUUGCCCUUGCAGGAGGAAUGUUUCUCUACAUUGCUCUCGCUGAUAUGUUCCCUGAAAUGAACGCCAUCGCUAAGGAGCAUCGACAGAGCAUGAAGACAGAUGUGGUGUUCUUCCUCAUCCAGAACGCCGGGCUCCUCACCGGGUUUGCCGUCAUCCUCCUCAUAACCAUGUUCGUUGGCGAUAUUAAUCUGGGCUGAGCUUUCCUCUUCCACUUCGACUCCACAACACCAUGUGCCUUAAACCUUAACAAAAAUAAGAACACAACACGCAACACUGAUUGUAACGACGCACUAGUAACUAAUCAUGAACUAACAAUUUUGUACAGCACAUAAGUUCCUGUCCAUGACAGCAUAUUUAAUGACCAAAACUGCAAAAGUCUAAAGAUGUUUUUUGUAUAUUGUUAUAAUCAAUAGUAAAAUAUGUUGGUUAAUCA